GGCCGGGGGCGCGCCCCUCGGCCUCAGGACUCGUGUGGGACUGGCUGGCGCGGAACAGUUCCUUGGGGUUCAUCCUGUGCCUCCCUGGGCACCUGCCGCGGCUCCGGCGGCCGGGCUGCACCUGCGGUUUAAACGCGGCGGCCUCCCGCCGUGACGCUCUCGGCCCGAAGCUCUGAGGCGAGCGGAGCGGCCGGUCCGCAGUCCCCUUUGGCGGAGCGUUUUAACGUUGGCCACGUUCGGUCACUCGAGUCGCAGGCUUCCCUAGAGCACAGACGAGGAGCCAGGGUCCUGAUCUUGGUAGGCUCCAAGACUCUCAGACCAAAUACACACUGAUCGAUGAGCAAGACAUACCACUGGUGGAGAGCUACUCCUUUGAGGCUCGAAUGGAAGUAGAUGCUGAUGGAAAUGGUGCUAAGAUAUUUGCAUAUGCCUUUGACAAAAACCGAGGAAGGGGCUCUGGCAGGCUUCUACAUGAGCUGCUGUGGGAACGACACAGGGGAGGUGUGGCUCCCGGGUUUCAGGUGGUACAUCUCAAUGCUGUGACUGUGGACAAUCGCCUGGACAACCUGCAGCUGGUACCAUGGGGCUGGCGACCCAAAGCUGAAGAGACCUCCAGCAAACAAAGGGAGCAAAGCUUAUACUGGCUUGCAAUCCAGCAGCUUCCCACAGACCCUAUAGAAGAACAAUUCCCUGUCUUGAAUGUGACCCGGUACUAUAAUGCCAAUGGGGAUGUGGUGGAAGAAGAAGAAAAUUCCUGUACCUACUAUGAGUGUCAUUAUCCUCCUUGUACGGUGAUUGAAAAGCAGCUUCGAGAGUUCAACAUCUGUGGGCGUUGCCAGGUGGCUCGAUACUGUGGCUCUCAGUGCCAGCAGAAGGACUGGCCUGCCCACAAGAAGCACUGUCGGGAGAGGAAGCGUCCCUUCCAGCAUGAGCUUGAGCCAGAGCGAUGACGGGCUGAAGAGCUGCCACUGCUGCAGGUUCAAAGUUUCCAGCUCCUCAUGAGCACAGCGGAAGACAGACUGUCAGUUGAACCUGGAGGUGCCAAAGAAGCCAGCAAUGGAUCCAGAGCAGCUGCCAUAAGACCUCACAGCAACAAGCAGCCUGUGGGGACAGUGCCCCUCCAGUUUUCACCUCCAGCAGAGACAACAGGGAGGCUCCCUAGGACCUUUCUCAUUAUUUAUAUGUUAAUAUGUUUGUAAACUCAUGUACAGUUUUUUUGGGGGGGAGGCAAGGGGAGGGUUAGCAACUUCAAAUAGAAUCAUUUGUUGUAUUCCUCAAAUGGUAAACAGUCACCACUCAGCUAGAGACUGUCGUGUAGUCAAGCUUCUCUCUUGGACAGUGGGGGGUGGGGGGGUUCCCACUGAGAGGCUUGCACAGAGUCAUGUCUAAACAGGCAGAGUAAAGGGGUAGAAUCAUCCUCGUGGCCAGUCUCUGCUCCUCAAACCCCUGUUGUUCAGCCUAUUUCUUUUUUUCUGAGAUAGGGUCUCUCCUGGAACUUCAUAUGUAAACCAGGCUAGCCUCGAACUCACAGAUCCACCUGCCUCUGCCUCCUGACAUGCCUGGUUCAACAAUUUUUGAAAGGAACUAAUUAUAAUGAAACUGGUUUUAAUGAAUGGACUGGAAAGACCUGCCAUUAUUCCAGGUUGGCCUGUGAGGAGCAGAGAGUGUUAGCAAGGUGUGCAAAGGAGGCUCUGUUCUCUCUGGUAAUAGGUGUUCUGGAGUGUUCCAGUAGGUUGGCUACUUGUCUUAGUUUCUAUUGCUGUGAUAAAGCAUGAGCAAAAGCAACUUGGGAAGGAGGGAUUAUUUCAGCUUACUGUUUCACAUCGCAGUCCUCUGAAGGAAGUCAGGACUAGAGCUGAUGCAGAGGCCAUGGAGGACUGCUUACUGUUUGCUCUUCAUAUCUUGCUCAGCCUAACUUCUUGUAGUGCCCAGGAUUGCCAGCCCAGGGGUAGCAUUGCCCAAAGUGAGCUAGGCUCUCCCAAAUCAAUACUUAUGAAAAAUCAGGACAGAGUAGUAGGGCCAUUUUCAUAAUUGUCCUCUCAAAAUGACUUGUUUGUAUUAAGUUCACAUAAAACUAGCCAGCAAAGUACUAUAUAUCCCUAUGUUGGUAAAUUUCAAGCACACGUUCAAGCACAGAGACCCUUGGAGCCAGUAGUAAGCUGCUGCCCCUGUCCCAAUUGUGGGUUGGAAUAGAUAGUGUGAUAGACAGCCAAAAUGAGGCUUCAUUCACUGCUGAGCUGUGGUUCUCAGGAUAACUGUUCUUUGGGGGAUUCACAUGUCUGAGGGCUGUUUUUCAUUUGGCAUCUUGAUCACUGCAGAAGUGAAUUCACCAUGGCUGGAAUCUUACCUAUCUCAGGGUAUGGCCUCUCUUGUUCAAGCUUUCUACCUGACUGCUGACCUCGGCAGCUCUCUGGCCUGGUUGGUCUGCAGGUGCCUGUUAAACCUUUCCCUAUUGCAGCAUAUCUAUCACAGUCUUGAUUUUCUGUGAGUUAAACGCUGUCUGGCUCAGCACAGCCCUUUGGUAGCCUUAGACUUGUAAGUUCAGCUUCUAUGGCUGUUUUUGCAUUUAUGCUACACAGUGGCUUAGAAGGGAAGACAGCUGAAACUCAAGAUGGCACCAUUCCUUGAGUGUUUAAGCUUGGAGUGUUGCUAUGAUAGACCUGCAUCAAGAAACUUCCUCCUUUCAGUUCUGAAGGUUAUGGCUUUUUAGUUGGGAUCCCUACUCAGACCCCAUGUUGAACAUCAAUCUGAUCAUUGGG